CCAAAUUUUGACUACGUGUGUCCUGGACGGUAAUUCACCUGCAUGCGCGAAUGAAUCAUAUCCUACAUCUCUUUGCUCAAUACGUCCUGGCUACCAAGAUUCCGCACACGACACCGAUCCUUGCAAACACACCCACAUCAACAACAAACGACCCUUGACUCCAUCCUGUCCACCCAACAUGACGCCUUCAUCAACUUCAGAGGGUUUCAAUGUCUACGCUACUCUUCUCACACGCCCUUCUUAUCUGGCGGGCGCCAUCCUUCUAUCGCACACUCUAUAUGAUCAUUCCCCUUCUACGCCCCUCAUCAUCUUAUACACGCCCGAAACUUUUCCUUCCACCGCGAUCAAAGCCUUAGAAGCCGAAUCUAAGUUCUCAAACUGCAUUCCCUAUCCAAUCGAGCAUCUUCGCUUACCGACCUCUGCCGCCGAUGAUAAAGAACAUGGCAUGGUCGCCGAGCGGUUCAUCGACACGUGGACCAAACUUCGCGUGUUUGAUAUCUUGGAAGUGAACGGCAAGAAAAUCGAUCGGCUUUGUUUUCUAGAUGCCGACAUGAUGAUCUUCUCCAACCCCUCCCCCUUCAUUUUCAACUCUACCAGUGACAAGUAUCUCUCUGCGCCCGAAGAUGAAGGCAACCGCAUCGCAGCUUCGCACGUUUGUGUAUGCAAUCUCGACGGAGACUCUUGGGCCCCAUCAUCGUGGAAGAAGGAGAACUGUGCCUUCACUCCUCUGACCAAUUCUGAUGCUAUCGCACCCGUAGACUCACAAUCAGACACUAAAGGCAUCUUCAACUCCGGGACUUUCGUCUUCCACCCCUCUUCAUCAAUCCAGGCUUUUGUUCUCGACGCUUUCAAGAAUACCCCCGUGAAAGACUUAAAGAAGCUCAAAUUUCCAGACCAAGAUUUUCUGAACAUUGUCUUCCACGCCCGCUGGGUAAGUCUCAGCUGGCGAACUAACGCUCUCAAGACGUGGCGAUACUGGCACCCCAACAUCUGGACCGAUGAUAAAGUCGCCGUGCUUCACUAUAUUGUGGACAAGCCGUGGGCAGCUCGAGUCCAGACUGACGGCCAUGAUCAGAACCGAAAAAUCGCCGGCUACAAGGGUGAUGACGGCGAGACACACAGCUGGUGGUGGGACGAGUUUUCACGCUGGAAAGCUGAGCGUGAGCAAGGUAACGGCCAGGAUCUAGUCGUUGCUGUGGAACGUUACGUCGCGGGCGAGAAAGGCGACGAGGAAGUCGACGAAGAUAUGAAAGCUAUUGGAGGCGGUGCGCAAAAUUUCGCCAAAAAAUGGAAGGAUGGGAAGGAGGUCGGUGGUUCCGAUGAUGAUGGUGAUAAGAAGGAACCGGGAGGAGGCUCUCAUGGCCCCAUCCUCCGCACGCGUGUUCUCGGAGAGCGUGGUCAUGGUCCUGUUGUACGGAACCCCGACGCCCAUCUCCAACAGCCGCAAACGAAUCCAAGAAAACCCAACAUACCACCUUCUGGUAGCAGCUUUAUGGAGCCGUGA